UUUGAUAUUUCUAUACUUUGUCAACAGUAACUACAUGAUGAUAACUGUGGUGGUCGUUAUAGAAAUGUAUUUGAUACAUAUUACUAAUGCUUUAGUGUUCGUCUACCAACCCAGAAAUUCAACAACAGAUGCAAAGGACACUCAUUCAUUAACUUGUAUUAUAGACGUAGAUCGCGGCUCUGAACAACAAUAUGAAAUGAAAUGGGGAAAAGACGAUGAAUAUAUUGCUGCUGAGAAGAGUAUUAGAGAUGACUUAAAAGAUCCAAGUCACUUUGUUGCUACCAUAAGCAGAAGCAGUAUGAGCAUUACAUACAAUUUAAUGUUCACCAGUGUUUGGAACAGUGACAGAGGAUUCUACAAAUGUGAUGUAUUUAAAAAUGGCGAUCGUGUCUUAGAGUCAAACAAAGCAUUUUUAGAUGUAAUACAAGUUCCAGACGAUAAAUACCCAUUAUGUUCUGUAUCCAAAGAUGUUUACACUGAAGGUGAUGACGUCAUGUUCUACUGCGUCUCUGAGUAUACAGAACCACCAGUGACAUUACGGUGGACUGAUGGUGAUACACAUGUUGUUCAAAUUGAUGGACAAACAGCAAGACUACAAAAAAGAUUGAUAGCAAAUCCUGAUAUAAAUUCAUAUCAAGCUGUAUGUUUGCUGACAAAUUCACAAAUACCUGCUCUCAAAAGAAACUGUACAACGCAACCUCUGACAAUAUAUUACAAGCCAAGAAUUAACAUAUCUCAAUCAGGUUUAAUACCGACUGGAAGACAAGCUAUAUUUAUUUGUAAAACUACAGCUAAUCCUGCCGUUACUAGUUAUAAAUGGACAACUAUUCCGACACUCGACAACACUCAGUACAACACUGAUGAAACCGGGCAAGUAUUUAUGUUAUUCAAUCCGACAUAUAAUCACGAUGGAAUAAUGGUUACGUGUAAAGCUGAAAAUCAGGUUGGAAGCUCUUCAUUUAAUUUUACAAUAACUAUACACAAUUGUGAAAAUGAUAACAUUACCGAGAAAGAUUCAAAUAAUAUUGAGGAUCGCAAAAAUGAUAAAUCAUCACGUGAUUAUGACAAUUUUGAUGAAAAAACAUCUCCGGGAUUAUCUACUGACAUUAUUGUGAUUAUAAUUGUUGCCUGUGUAGUCAUUUUGGUAAUAAUAGUAAUGAUUCCUGUAUAUUAUUACUGUUUAUGUUCAAGAAAUUUCUCAUCAAACCAGACGACGACAGCUAUAGUACAUCAACCUGAAGUGUACUUUGAGCCUAGAGAUCGAAUGACGUUGCCUUUACCUCACACCAGAGAUGUAGCCAUCUGGAGACGAUCGUUUGGUGUUCAAGCACCAGAUGAUAAGGAGGUAGAUGCCAUGUAUUUGGAAAUACAAAGUAACCAUUACAUAUAUGCAACGGCAAGUAGAUGUAAUACCAUCCGAUAAUUUUUUUAUGUUUUAUAUUUGAAAAAUCUUCAACAA